UGGUAGUAUUUCCUAACGUACUUCGCAGUUGUAUAGUUACAGUUUUAAAAUGAAUGCACGAGUAGUGAAGCGAAUCUAAAAUAAUACCACUUUUUUCGAGUGUUUCUAAAUUACGUCGUUUUGCAGAUACUCUAUCAGAUGAUACUUUGAACAUACGCGAUCCAAGUUUCCUCAAACUGCUCGAUACAGAAAGGAAAGCAGAACAUUGAAAUUUGGCGGCAUCAUAACCUUAUGGUGACCUCAGUGGAAAGUUUAUAAAUGACUUUUUCAUAUUCAGUCUAUUUUAAUACCGCAUGUAAAAUAUGAGAGAAUUAGAAGAAGUAAACUGCGAGAUUCGCAAUGUCAUAGAGAUUCAACAGUUUAUGACAAGCUAUUUAAGUAACAUAGAAGGAGAUGGCACUGGAUCAUUGAAUGGUUCACAAAUAUGUAACGGUGUUGACGAUGUUUAUGGAGGUUUUUUAAACGAUGCAGCAUACGCUUGGCUCGGUUAUGGUUGCCAUUUAAUAAUACUGAAUACAAAAUCUGGUGAAAAUUGUAGCUCCUGGACUUUCAGAGGGAGGAUAACAUGCGUUUGUCAAUUCCCUGCUCACUCAGGAGAAUUACCAUUGCUUCUUGUUGGUUUGGACAAUGAGGCGACUAGAACUAAAGACUCCAUGGGCUUGUUAUGCGUUUUUGAUUGCACUACAUCUCGUGUUUUGAGAGCUAUAAGAAUGCCUGCCGGUGUAGAACAAGUUUGCAUUGUGUCUGGUGGAGCAGAGUGGGAAGAAUUCAAUGACAAAAGACCAGACAAUAUUCUCACGCAGAUGGACGGUAUAGCUUGUGUAGUUUUACGCAAUCUUCAUCAUCUGAUGAUCGAUCUACAGAGAUCCUCCUGGGAAAUACCUGAAUCAUCCGUUUUAAUGGAUGAAGUAUCUCCAGCUGAGAUUGAAUUUAUAACGACAAAGGAUUCUUUUCAUAGAAACCAGACGAAUAAAAAUAAACACAUGGCUUGUAAUUUAUUAAAUCGUCGCAUAGAAACACACAUAGGAUUUAACAGAGAAGAUUUCGAAUCGAAUGUUAUUUUGGAUGAAAAAUUAACGACCAGUGUCAUUAGUUCAACGAAAAUCGGAUGCUUGAUAUCAGGUUGCUUGGGCAGAGUAAUAAUAUGGCAAAACGAUGGUUCAGUAGGAUGGAUCAGCUCGCCCGUUGACGAGACUAUGGUAGUAACUCAGUUAGCCUUGCUGGAACCAACCGACGACCCCAGACCAUUUUACUACUUGUGGGUGGUCUUUCAAGAUGACACGUUCAAGGUGCCUCCUCUCUUAAGAAUGUAUGCCUUAUUGUUCGAGCGAAAGUACUCCGACAAACGAACGAAUUUUUACUUUAAUCUGGAAGCCGAGCCUUGCCUUAAAUUCGAAUUUAAAUUAGACACAGCGGACAGAGUUGUCAGUUUAUCCACGAUCGAGAGGGAAACGAAUCUGGAUCAAACGGAAUCCGAGUUCCGACGAAGCGAGGAGAGUUUGCUAUUGAUCUCAACUACUAAUAGAACAUUGUUAUUCGAUUUGAAUCAGUGGUACAAGGAACAGAUGCCGCAAACGAUCAACGAAUGCAAAAAUCCGAACAGUAUAUUAGCUUGUUACGACACGAAACACAGACCGUCUAGCUCCAACAGAGACAAGAUAAUAAGCAGCACUUACGUGCUUAGGUCUCUGCAAGAGUUUCCAAAUAACAAUCUAAGCCUGUCGGAAGAGAUAUUCUAUCCGAACUCUUUGUCCCUCGAAUGGAUAGAAUUGAGCCUUACGAAAUUAACAUUUUGGUUGACCCGUGGUGUUCAGAAUGAGUUGCUCCGUGAGAUAGCUCUCACCGGGCCCAUCAUACUCACUCAGCCUUCAGAAAUGUUUCACAAGUGUCUCUCGGUAGGUUUGAUACCGUUCAACACAGAAGUAUCCUUUUCCAGCGAUCAGAACGUUCAAAGAGACAUGAUACUGUCGCUCUGCCUGGAGCAACGUUGGACGACCUUCUUAAUAAAAUGCGCCAAGGAAUGGUCGGACGGCAGUGCAGCGUACAUGUACCCAAAUUUCCUGAAAUGGGGCAUACAACGUGCCUCCUCGAUAAAACUGAUCGCGGAUCGCUUAUGCGUUCCAUUGUUCGAUCAGUCCGGUAACAGCAUAGGUGAGUCCGACGUGAAGACCUUAAGAUUUUGUUACCAACAGUUGGAAUGUCUGUCGAACGUGGUCGCGAAGUUGCCUUUCGAAACUAGCAGUCUGAUGAAACAACGAAAAGCGCUUAAACGUGUAUCCAUGUAUUUUCAAGUACUCCUCUGGUUCUACGACGUUGGUUUGUUGCCUGAGACCCAAAGCCUGGAGGAAGGUUCUCUACCGAUCUCCCUCUCCUUGAAGAUCCCUUAUCCAUUUGAGAAGCUGUACAAUUUAUACAAAGAAAAACGAGAGUCUAUCAGGGAUGAUAAUGAAACCGAUGAAAACGUGAGAGUAUUUUUUAUAGAUGAAUUAAUAACAAGGGAGUGUCCUGCGUUGAACUUGCAAUGGGAGAAAGAAGCAGGAGACACGAAUACCAAUGGCAAUUAUCCUCCCCCUUCCUUACAAUCAUUACUCAGAAGUUAUCUCACUGAUUGUGAUCAGGCAGAGUCAGACGAGAUUGAAUGCAAGCAUCAGAUCAUCAUAUACCUAUUGAUGGACCUGGCUAUGCUACUGCAAGGAUCUUAUCCUGGCGUUGAUCAAUUAAUCAAGUACCCUUCUUCGUUCAAACUUAGCCCCAGUCUCAUAAAACUCACCCAGGCAUUCUGGUUACUGGAUCACGAAGAUUAUCAUGGUUUCCUGGACAUGAUGACUGGUCAACUGGUGCGCGACUCAGACGUCAAACCCUGGCACCAUAAACUUGUACUUAGGACACUGAUCAGGAACAAUCAGCACAAAUUAGCUCUGAUGUAUCUGCGCAUAAAGAAACCUCCUCUGUCCUCCGUUCAGGAACAGAGCACACUGAUAGGCCUGUCCGUGGAACACGGUCUGAUACAAUCUGCUUUUCAUCACAGACCCCAGUCUCAUUACGCGCAAUUGUUAACCUGCUUUUUCCAAGCCUGUAAAACUUACAACAAGCUCAGCGACAUUCUGCACUUGGCUCUGGACUCGGAGGAGGAGGAAAUGUUCGUCAAGUUUCUGGAGGACACCAAGUCCGAGGAUACGAGGUUGUUGUACUACCUACAACGCUGUCGUUACAUGGAAGCUAACAAUGGAAGGUCAUUCGAUACAAGGAACCUGCACACUGAUAUGCUGAACGCUUACAACGCGACGUUGCCUGAUGUGGUGAAAAGAUUCUCCAUGAACAUGGGGAAAACGAGUUUCGAUACAGGCCUAGAGCCGAGGUAUCCUAAACCGAUGUCCCACACAAAAAAUUCUCAGCAGAUUACUAACAUUUAUGAGACUAUGAUCAGAAAGGCGAAGGAGACUUGUCCCAGAGGGGAGAGGUCUUUUAUUCCUUUCGUCACGGCUCCUUGCACGUCACUGAGGUUGAACGAUGAUCGCAUUAAUAUAAACUGUGUGGUGUCUCCGAAAGUCGUGCAGAAGAGUAGGAAACGCAGUUUUGAUCGAACGAUGGAGGACGAGGAGGACAGUGGAAUGAGAACACCUGACAGGACUAAACGCAGGAAGCUGCUGGACGAGGGUGAAGCGGCCUUGAACGCUGCGUUUAGCACCCCGUUGGUGAAACGAAAGGUAUCCAGCAGCAGAGACACGCCGUCUGAAACUCCACAUUCUAUCUUGAAGAUUCGACAGCUUAUAAGAAAUUCGACUUCACCGACCAUUGGGAGCUUGCAAGGGGAUACGGUGGACGGUACAGAAUCUGAAAGGAAACGAAAGAUCAAUAGGCAGAUAAGGUUCAGUAUUUCUCAAUCAAAGAAAAAUAACGCUCAUGAUGAAACCAAUGCAGAAGAGGAUGGCAGUAAGGUGAAUGCGUCUGAAGGAAGCGACGAGGUGUCCCUUAGUCCAACGAUAAAUGAAAAGUCUCUUACUGAAAGUACAGUUCUGUCUGAUAGUAGCUAUACUUGUAAAAAUGUAUAUACACCUCGUCCUAGACCCAGUCUUAGGAGAACUUACCUGCAAACGCCAACGGAGUCUAUAAACGAGUCUAGGAAAAGAAUAUCUGCGAAUUCUAAUUUGAGUAAUUCGUCUAAUUUCGUGGAGAAUUGUUCCAAACUCGCGUCAGAGGCAACGCCUCGCCUGUCCAGAACUUGUACAGAAUUAUUCUCUUCCUCUAUUCAUUCCUCAGCGGUACUCUCCCCGAAUAGUAGCUUUGAGGUGGAAAUUUCAUUGAAGAGAUCCCUGGAGAACAAUUCACAGUUGUUAAAAUUUUCCAAACAGCAGAAUAAUUAUAAUUCCAUCAAUUCAACUGUUUUAAGAAAUAGUUCCAGAUCUGAAGAACAAUAUAAAGUUGAAGAAGAUAAUGAGGUGCAGUGCACAGAGAAUAGGUCUGAGAGUACAGAGAAAUUGAAUUUCCAAUUUGGUGAGGAUAAUAGAUCAAGGGAGGAUGUGCUAAGUAAAUGUAGAAAUGGAGAUCUUUCAAAGGCGAGAACUUUGGAAGCUGAUAAUGAGGAGAACGACCACGAGGAAGAAUUCGAACACUUUUCUAACGCUACAGAAAAUAAAUCUGCACUUUCAGGGAGCAAAGAACGCUGGUCGGUUGGUAGGAAAUUACAAAAUCAAUCUAGACAGGAGAAUGAAAAUUUGAACAAUGGUGAACACUUUGGUGACAUCACUGAGGAUGAAUCUUCAAAGAGCGGCGACGAAGAUAAGGAUAAAGAGAAAGAUGGUUCACAGAAGAUACAGAUGAAGGGAGAUAAUAUGUACGACGCAUCGAACAUCACGGAUGAUGAAUCUGAUUCCAGUACAGAAAUAAUUGAAUCGAAGAGGAACAGUAUUGCAAUUUCCAAUAAGCAGGAAAAUGUAGAUAAACUUUCUGAUAAGAAGAAAUAUACGCGAGACGAUGAAACAAUUGAAAAGUCCAUAUGUCUUGAUAAUAAUAAUUCCAGUUAUAGAGAAACAGUGGAAAAAGCAGUUCAUGAUUCACAGAAAUCUGUGAAUUUGAAGGAUGAUGUUAAUACUUCUAAUUUAGAUAAUGAAUCCUUAGACACCAGUCAGAAUAUUACACCUAGAGUAACCAGAUCACGUAGAGCUUCUUCGAUAGCUAAAGAGAUAAAUAUAUCACCAUUAAAUUCGCCUACCAAGGUGAUUGGAAAGACACCUAGAUCAAGACGAGCCAGUUCAUUAAUGAAGGAGGUAUUAAUUGCAUCCAUUGCCCCAGCGGAUGAGGAAGUCAGACAGACAGCUUCUUCUGGGUCAGAGGAAUCAUCACCGAAGAGAGGUAGAAGAAGAGCGACAUCUGUAACGAAGGAUGUUUCUGAGAAAGUGGAAGAUGAAGAAGUUAAGGCACCAGUGGUGAGGAGAAGCACAAGGAGAGCUGCUUCUGUGCAAAAGGAACUGUCAGAAUCAAACAAGCCAUUAGCAAAGAAUAGUAAGGUUUCCUUGUCCUCUGAGCCAAUAAUGGAAGAUGAGAAAGAGAAGCUGCAGACAGAAACUAAAAAGACAAAAGCAAGACGAGGAUCUGUGAGUGAAAGAAAACCAGGCACACCAUCAAAGUCAAUGAAAGAAUCUAAAUUAAAUGAAGAGAAAGGAGAGGAAAUGAAUCUGAAGGCAACAAGGAAACAUGGUAGUUCAGUGCCUAAGGAAGCGAUGAGUGCAAUAAGAACUAGAAGGUCUAGCAGCGUAGUUAAGGAAGAUAUUCCAGAGGAUGUUGAAUUAUUAGAGAAAAUAAUGAAAGAACGACAUGUGGUAGAUGCAGCAGUGAAUAGUCCUGCUGCAAAUACACGUAGUCGAAGAUUAUCAAUACAGUCCGUGCCAGAGGAGCUGGAGGAGGUCCUAAGCGUGCCAUCAAAGGAGAGAGCAACCAAGUCCAAAGCUACAAAGCAGUCUGCGCAGACUUCCAGACAAAGAAGAGCUACAAGCGUUGAACCUUACCAAGCAGAGAGUAAAAGAAUAACCAGAAGUACUCGUGGUAAGGAUAUUCUUAAGGAAGUUAUAGUAGAAGAGGAGGUGCCACAAAUGGACAGUCCUGGAAAGGCAGAAGCUUCUGGUGUUAAGAAAGUUCCUACAAAAAGAAAACGUACUUCUUCGACUACUGUUACCACUCAAGAAGAUAAAGAAACAACGCCCAGAUCAAGAAGAGGACGAAAAACAAAAAAUCAAGGAAUUAACGACCAGUUUUUGUUUUCACAACCAGACAAGCCAGGUGAUUCACCGUUGGAUGAAAAAGCCAUCGGAGAAGUACCAAAAUAUGUAUUCUCACCUCCUCAUACCAGGUCAAAAGCCAUCGCUCCUGAUUAUCGUAGCAGAAUGAAAAACUUUAUUCCAAUAUUGAACGAAGAUGAAAUAGAAGAAGAAGAGAAAGAAGAAGAACGACAGAGUCUACAGAAAAGCUCAAAGUAUAAAAAAACAGGCCAAUACACUCGUGUAACUACACAUCGCUAUAGAACGAAAUUUGUACUACCCAAAAGAUCAAAAAGUACAUCAGAUUAAACUUAAUUUUUUGUAUAAAAUUUCUUUUUUUAACUCUUUUUUUUUUUUCUUCUGUUUAAACGUACUUUCAGUUUCACAAUAUCUCUAUCAGAUCUAUGAUAGAUCCUGCACAGUGACAUUUAUUUCUGAUGUAUAGUGAUAACAUGUAAAAAAGAAAUAGCUCGGCUUUUCGUAUAAUUUCGUUGCACAGCUAAAAAUGAAUUAGAAAUUACGAUGAUAUGGGACCAUGUGGAAUUAAACUUUUGUUAUAUCAGAAAAAGAAAGGUGCUAAGUUCAUUAAGGCACAAGAUCAAUUUUUCUAAAAUAUGGUCAUGGAAAGGAGCUUUUUCUUAUGGAUUUAAUAUAUUCAGUAUAAUACCAGUUACAAUAACUAUAUUUUAUCAAUAAGUAAUCUCAUAUAAUAUUAAUGCUUAAAAUAUAUGCUAACGUGAUCGUUUUCUGACAAGUAUAUUUUUAAAAUUAACAUGUUUUAAUUGGAAAGAUUAUUUUGUAUAAUCUAUAAAUUUACAUUAUUCUCCACUUGUAGUUUGAAUUUAUGAUUAACUGAUAUUCUUUUUAAGUUUCCAAACGUGUAGGCAGCUGUACAGAACAGAAAUUUUCUUGAUCUCUAUUUUGGAAAUAUUCAAACAGGCAGGGUUUCAAAAACAAUGUAUUAUAUCGAACGAACGACUAGUACCAUAUUAACUGUAAAUCAUAAGGUCCGUUACUUUUAUACAGGAAUUUGCCAAAUAUAAUAUUUGUUACAUUAAUCAAUUUCUUUCUUUUUUUUUUUUUU